CAGCACACGCGGGGAGGUGGUCAGGUGGGCGGGCGGAGCUCCCCACCCCUGUGCCCCGGGCUCCGGCCCGGCCCGCAGUCCAGGGGUGGCUGAAAUCCAAGCUGAGGUAACAAAAGGCAGCCGCGUCCCUAAGCCGGAGCAACUCGGAUCCGCCUCCCACCCGCCCUCGCAGCCGCGGCCAGAGGGCGGCAGGUCCAUGAGGCCGGCGGGGCCUCCGGGGGACGCGCAGAGAGCCUCCCGGGCCACUCGGGGGGCGCGGGGCCGGGCCCGAAGAUGCCCACCAACGGGCUGCACCAGGUGCUGAAGAUCCAGUUCGGCCUCGUCAACGACGCCGACCGCUACCUGACCGCCGAGAGCUUCGGCUUCAAGGUCAACGCCUCGGCGCCCAGCCUCAAGAGGAAGCAGAUGUGGGUGCUGGAGCCGGACCCGGGCCAGGGCAGCGCCGUGCUGCUCCGCAGCAGCCACCUGGGCCGCUACCUGUCCGCCGAGGAGGACGGGCGCGUGGCCUGCGAGGCCGAGCGGCCGGGCCGCGACUGCCGCUUCCUGGUCCUGCCGCAGCCCGACGGGCGCUGGGUGCUGCGGUCCGAGCCGCACGGCCGCUUCUUCGGCGGCACCGAGGACCGGCUGUCCUGCUUCGCCACGGCCAUCUCCCCGGCCGAGCUGUGGACCGUGCACCUGGCCAUCCACCCGCAGGCGCACCUGCUGAGCGUGAGCCGCCGGCGCUACGUGCACCUGUGCCCACAGGAGGACGAGAUGGCGGCCGACAGCAACACCCCGUGGGGCGUGGACGCGCUCAUCACCCUCAUCUUCCAGAACCGCCAGUACUGCCUCAAGUCCUGUGACAGCCGCUACCUGCGCAGCGACGGCCGCCUGGUGUGGGAGCCCGAGGCCAGUGCCUGCUACACGCUCGAGUUCAAGGCGGGCAAGCUGGCCUUCAAGGACUGCGACGGCCGCUACCUGGCGCCCGCGGGGCCCGCAGGCUCGCUCAGGGCGGGGCGCAACACGCGGCCGGGCAAGGACGAGCUCUUCGACCUGGAGGAGAGUCACCCGCAGGUGGUGCUGCUGGCUGCCAACCGCCGCUACGUGUCGGUGCGGCAAGGGGUCAACGUGUCAGCCAACCAGGACGAAGAGCUGCACCACGAGACCUUCCUGAUGCAGAUUGACGGCGACACGGGGAAGUGCACCUUCUAUUCCAGCACAGGAGGCUACUGGACCCUGGUUGCCCACGGGGGCAUCCAGGCCACGGCCACGCAGGUCUCUGCCAACACCAUGUUUGAGGUGGAGUGGCGCGGCCGGCGGGUGGCCCUCAAGGCCAGUAACGGGCGCUACGUGUGCAUGAAGAAGAACGGACAGCUGGCGGCCGUCAGUGAUUUUGUGGGUGAGGACGAGGAGUUCAUCCUCAAGCUCAUCAACCGGCCCAUCCUCGUGCUCCGGGGCCUCGAUGGCUUCGUCUGCCACCGCCGCGGCUCCAACCAGCUGGACACCAACCGCUCGGUCUACGACGUCUUCCACCUGAGCUUCAGCGACGGCGCCUACCAGAUCCGAGGCCGCGGCGGCGGGUUCUGGAACACCGGCAGCCACGGCAGCGUGCGCAGCGACGGCGAGCGCCCCGAGGACUUCCUAUUCGAGUUCCGGGGCCAGGGCCGCCUGGCCAUCCGCGCCCGGGGCGGCAAGUACCUGCGCGGCGGCGCCUCGGGGCUGCUGCGGGCCGACGCCGACGCGCCCGUGGGGCUCGCGCUCUGGGAGUACUGAGCCUGCAACACGGCCUGGCGGCUCCGGGGCCUGCGGGCCGGGUGGCGGCCACUGGGGUCUCGGGGGGCUCCUGGGCGGCGUCCUAGGCAAUGCCCCAAGCACCUGGGGACAGGGCCCCCCAGCCCAGCAGGCGGGCUCCAGGCCUCCUGCUACCCCCCUCUCGUUGCCCCACGCAGGUUGGAUGCCAGGGCAAGGUUUGCGGCUCCCCAGCCCCCAAGGACCCCCACCCCGGCCGGUGCCUCCUGGGUGAGCUGCGUGACCCAGGGCAUCAGAGGGGAGAGCCCAGGGGGAGAUGCAGACCCCGGGAGUCACGUGCCCUAGAGCCUGAAGGGAGGCGCCCAUCCAAGCUGCUCCCCUGGCCUGGGUCCCGAAACCCCCCAGCAGGGGCCACGGUGGGUCAGUGAGGACUGUGGCGCGCUCGCAGGGUGGGGAUCCAGGCGCAUGUGCAGACCACAGCGGGAAGACCCCCCGACCCACACCCCCCAGCCUGGCCUGCUCCUCACCUCACUGCCCUCCUCCUGCGAGUCCCCAGUGUGCCCCCCUGGGAGGACCCACCCAGAGCCCUGAGGCAGCGGCAACAGCCACAGCCUGUGCUGCCCCCUGCUGGCACUUGGGGUAGGGCUUGGGGUCACCUGCUCAGGCGCCCCAAGGUGACAGCCAGUGACCACAGUGUGAGGAUCCCAUCGGGAGCCCCAACCUGCCCCGUUGACCAGUGUGAGAAUCCCGCUGGCGUCCCCAACGCCCCUCGCUGACCACAGUGUGAGGAUCCCGCUGGGGUCCCCGAACCCCCUGCUGACGCCAUGGCGCGCCUGCCCAUAGACACUUGCUGAGGAGAGCACGCGCGGCCGGGGAGGAGAGGCAGGAAGAGGGCCUGGGGGGCUGCAGGAGGGGCCAGCUGGGGGUUCAUGGCAGGCUGGGACCGGGUGAGGGGGCCACGCCGGGGGUGAGGAGCCCCAUGCAGCAGAGGCUGGCGAGGGACACCUGGAGCCGUGGGACGUCCCGUCCCUGAUGGGGCGCUGGCAGGGCACCCAGCAGAGGCUCCCCGCGGAUCUGCCGCUGCCCUGAGCAUCCGGCUGGGCCGAGGCCCGUCCUAUGGCCUGUGUCCCACUGGUCCUCACCCCACUACGGUCCCCCCUCGGUUGUGAAGGUUCCAUGUGACUCCACUGUACUUCCUGUCACCUGUCAGGCGUCCCUGGGGUUCUCCUUUUCUGGAGACUAGGUGGUGGGCCCUGAAUGACGGCCCCACACCUGCCCCGCCCUCCAGGGGCCUCCUGCCAGCUGCAGAAGCGCCCCUUCCCACUGCUGCUCCAGCCCUGGGAGGACCAGUGCCCAGGCGUCCCCGGGGGCAACAGCUGCGCGGUGGGGAUCAGAGGCAGCCCAGCAAGCCCCAGGGGCCAAGGGAGGAGGUACCACCGCCCCCCACCCCCCAGCGUGGACUCCGUGUAGCCACCCCCACUCUCCUGGCUCUGAUGGGGAGCACCCACUGGGAGAUGGCUCGGUCCUCCCACACCCUCAAGGCCUGGUGGGCACUUCGGCCCAGCGCUGGGGGACUCCCUACUGGCUCCUACGACCAUGGAAAGGCCAACACAAGGUUCACCCAAGUGUACCUGAGGGACCCCAGAAAUGCAGCUGAAACUGCCCCCCCCCCCCAAUAAAACACACAGCGGAAACUGA